GUGAAAACAACACUCUAUGGUCGUUUCGUUUUUCGAGAUAGGGCUCUACAAAAUAUGUUCUCCCAAAUUCCUUUCAAGAUUGUCGAAUUAAUAUCUUCAAAAAAAAAGAUUGCCGAAUUAAGGGUUUAGGAACUAAUUGUUUGUGUAAGCCCGAAGUUUGAAGUUUGGUAGAAGAAAUCAGUAUGGAAUCUUCAGUGAUUAGUCCUGAAGAUGUAACGGAAUCACUGAUGAAUGAUGGUACAAUUGAUGCUAUGAGAAUGAAGAUAAUAACUCGAUUAAAAGCUAAUGAGGAACUGAAGAAUAACACGCUUGAAAUGGUGGGGAAGAGCGAGGUUCCUAAUACACCUGGUGCUGAAAAGAAAACAAAGAGAGAGCUGUUUGAUGCGCUUCGGCAGGAACUUGAAGCUCCUGUGCUUGAGGAGGCUUCUAAAUCUGUGUGGGAGUUGAUUAUGGACGAUAAUGGGUUAGGAAAAGAAAUAACUGAAACUGUUCAGAAAGUUUUCUGCCGAUUAAGUGGGCGUGAACCUCCGUUGUAUCCUCCACCCGAGAAUGAGAAAGAGAAAGAGGACUUGGAGAAAGAAAACGAGAAUGUGACCUCGUUGAAGACGAAGAAAAAGAAGAAGAGGAGCUUCAGUGAUAUGAAAGGGAAAGGAGGACUUAUCAAUGGAGGUGGUGGUUCUCCAGCCAUACCCGGGGCUUCUGUGCUGCAAAGUCGGAAGAAAUUUAAUGAGCGUGAGAACUACAUGGAAUCUGGAGCCAGGAGGUGUAGCAGAACAGAUGGAAAGAGCUGGCAAUGUUUCAAGAUGGCUGUUCCAGAUCAAAAGUAUUGUGAGAAUCACAUGAGCAGAAGAAAUAAGCAAUUAAAAAAGAAUGCAGAAACCACAACCUCCGCAACUAAAAAAACAAUGAAAUCAAAAAAGCGUGCGAAAGCCACAUCCGUAGCAAUUAGUAAAUCAUCCGCCGAUAUUAAGGAAUCAAAUGCCGGCACAGCCUCUAUGCUUCCCAGCGAAGUUUUCUGGGUUUUGUUUUCAGUACCGCGAUCCCAGAAAAAAUCUAAGGAGAAUGAGAAUGGUUUGGAACCUGUAACCAGGAGGUGUAAAAUAACAGAUGGAAAGAACUGGCAGUGUUACGAGACGGCUGCUCCAGAUCGGAAGUAUUGCCAGAAACACCUGAGUAGAGGAACUCGUGUAAAAAAACCAGCAGAAACCACGCCAUCUGCAACUAAAAAAUCAAUCAAAUCAAAGAAGCGUGUGAAAGCUGCACCCUUAGCAACUGCUAAAUCAUCAGUUCAUAUUGAGCAAUUAAAUACCGACACUAUCUCGAUGCACCCCAAUGACGGUAAUGAUGAUGUUUCUCCAGUGCUAAAUUCUUCUCCUAAAAUUACUUGCCUAAGUACUACCCCUAUAGAGCAGAAUCCAGAAUAUGGCAAUGUAGAAUUAUGAUGAGGUGGCCGAAGCUUACAAAGUGACCAACUUUUUUAGGAGUCCUUGUAACAUGACUGUUUUCAUUUUCCUCUUGUAACCUGUCAUAUGCAGCACAUGUGUUUUGGUUGAAUGAAAACCUUACCAGUUAUCAUUC